UCUGGAGCGCAGUUUGGUUGAGUUUGUCGAGCGGUACGGUUGCUCGGCGGUCGGCAUCGCAAUCGCAGUUGCAGCUCGAGCUUGAAGUGUCCAGCGAUAAACCCGUCGUCGUGCUGUCGGAGAAGCUUAAAAACCAGAGGUUUGGAGAGAGCGAGAAAGAGAGAGAGUCGCAGCCUGAGCGGCGGGGAUGUGAGAGAGAGGGAAAGCAGCCGACGGCGACGCUGCUUUCAAUGACGCGGCAACAAAAACAAUUAACAAAAUUCGCGUACGAAAUCAAACAACAACUACAAUUUGGCCUUCUCCAUAUUGGCAGCGGCCUGGCACCGGCCAAAACAACAAUAAAAACCAAUUGUUUGUGAUUAAGUAAACAAAAACAAGAUCAGUUAAAAAAAAAUAACUAAGUCAAAAAUAAGGGACCUCCACAAACAAUGACCGUCUCGUAUGCGGGGGAAGUGCCAAAUGGGAGCAGCUUUGGCUGCUUCUGGAAGAUCCUCUGGAAAUGGCGCGGCAGUGUUUACAAAUUGAUCUGGCGCGAACUAAUUGCGUAUCUUUGUUUAUACUAUACCAUAAAUGUUAUCUACAGAUUUGGUCUGACAGAAAGUCAGCAGGCCAUUUUUAAGAAAAUUCGCCUAUACUUUGGGCAGCAGAGUGAAAGUAUACCCAUGUCCUUUGUGCUCGGCUUCUAUGUAAAUUUGGUGGUGAAACGCUGGUGGGAGCAGUAUCGUCUUUUGCCCUGGCCAGAUACGUUGGCCCUGUUUAUAAGUGCAGCUAUUCCCAACUCAAAUGGCGGCGUAAAUAACGAAACGGGUCGCCUAAUGCGUCGUAAUAUCAUGCGCUAUAUGGUCCUAGCCUAUGUGAUCACCCUGCAGCGAAUUUCCCUCCGGGUGAAACGUCGCUUUCCCACCACCCAGCAUCUUGUGGACGCGGGCCUGAUGCACGAGUCCGAGAUGAAAAUCUUCGAGGCUCUGAAUCAGAAGAGUCCCAUGUCCAAGUACUGGAUGCCUCUGGUUUGGGCCACCAAUAUUAUCAAUCGAGCCAGGAAGGAUGGCCUGAUUGCCUCGGAUCAUAUUGUGCAAACCAUUUUGGUGGAACUCUCAGAUAUACGUAGACGUUUGGGUGGUCUAAUUGGCUACGAUACGGUCUGUGUUCCUCUGGUCUACACUCAGGUGGUUACCCUGGUGCUGUAUACCUAUUUCAUAGCAGCCCUUUUGGGCCGUCAAAUGUUGCCCAAUGUCUUGGAUAAAAACGGACGCGAAGAUCCCGAUCUGUUCUUUCCCCUCUUUACGGUGUUGCAGUUCGUUUUCUACGUGGGCUGGCUGAAAGUGGCCGAGGUGCUAAUCAAUCCCUUUGGCGAAGAUGACGACGAUAUCGAGCUCAAUUGGCUGAUUGACCGGCACAUCAAGGCAGCCUACAUGAUCGUCGACGAGAUGCACGAGGAGCACCCCGAGCUGCUGCGGGAUCAGUACUGGGAGUGCGUGGUGCCCAAGGAUCUGCCCUACACAGUGGCCUCGGAACAUUACCGGAAGGACGAGCCCAAGGGCUCCGCCGAGAAGUACAAGGUCAAGAAGGAGGACGCCAUGUACGCCAACAUAAUGCCGGGAGGCGGAAAACGAAUGCUCAGCGACGAUGUCUAUGCGGAUUACGAGAGCGUGGACACCCCGAUGGUGGAAAGGCGGAAAAAUAAUUGGCUGGUCAGGCAGCUAUCCCGCAUGGGUUCGAUGAGGAGCCAGUCGACAGCCUACUCCUCCGGCGGAAUGCCCUUCAACCGCAAUCGCCUCAAUUCCGUGUACUCUAGUCCCGAGUCCGGCUUGCCACUGACCAUCCUGCAGCAGCAGCAACUGCAGCAGGCGCAUCAGCAACAACAGGCCGGAUCGCAACCAAGUAAAUCGAGUCUCUAUGGGAAGUUUGUGCAUCGCAAGUCGCUCCGAGCACAACGUCAACUUAUCAAGCAAAACUCAAAGCUGAAUGGCUUAAAUGUGAAUGUGGCGAAGACCAGACCAAGGAUUCCCACGCCCGAGGUAGCCAAGGAUGGCAACACGAACCCAGCCACCAGUUCGGUCCUCAUGGCACCACAGCAGCUGAGCACCACCAGCGCACCACCGGGCAUGUACCCCUCUUCCUACGCACCCGACACCCUUCUGCACCAGGAGAGCGGCCAGGUGCUGGGCACGCUGCUGCUCUCGCCCAUCAAAGAGAUGGAUAGCUCAUCGUCCAAUAACACUUUGAUUCCAGGACAUCCCGCCACCGCCGCCCUGGCAGCCAGCAUGAAGGAGGGAUUCGCAGCGAGCAAUAUUCCCGCUGCCACGAAUAUCACAACCCUGUCGUUCCCCUUCAGCGUGACCAGUAGUGGAGGCGAAACAUUGCCCACCGGGACACUGAGCAUCCUGCCCAUUACGGCCAACGCCCAGUUGCCCACGAUCACCACGUCAGCCAGUGGCUACGAUCCCAACGAUGUGAUCACCACAAUACCGGUUUCCCUGUCCAUCCAGAGAUCGCCAUCGGCACUCUCGAUUGUCGAGCUGACCGGCACCGAUGUCCAGGAUGGUUACAGCAACAGUGGAUCAAGCAAUGGAAAUGGUGGGAUCACCACCACGGCCCUGCUCUCCGUUAAGCCCCUCAACGGGAACGCAAACAUUUCGCGGACCAACAGUUUUAACUUGAGCCUAAAUCUGCAGGAUUCGCAGCAGCGAUCCUCAGUAAGAUCUACGGGGCGACCCGCAGAUGCGAUGGACUCCUCAGCCACAAUGCCAAUGCCCCAGAGAAGCGGAGGUCUGGAAACGGGAGCAGGAGGAUCCUCGGCACCCUCAACGCUGGCGAAACACAAGCCGGAACAAAAGACCGGAGAGGUCUAUGUGUGACACUAUGUGUGUUAGCGAGCGACGUAACUAGACUUAAGAACCAAUGGCUUUGAGCCACCCGGAACCACUAAAAUGAUAUUAUCAGCAGCCUGGAAAUUUGAUUUGUUCAAGGACAAAUGCCUUAUCUUAUAUACAAUCAGCAAAUCAGGAAGUCUAAUACCGUUUUUCAUUUUAAUGAAUUUUUACGGAACUAAAAUAAUUAAUUAUUAAAAAAAAUUGUUUGGUAUUUCUAAAAAUGUAUUUUAAGUAAAAUUGGUAUCAGACCCCUUCAUUUUAUACUUUAUAAGUCCAGCUCAACAAAAUUCUAGUAAAAGCGAGAAAUUCUAACUUUAUGGAGUAUUGUACAUAAUUAGCUUAUUUAAUAGGAAAUUGACUUAUUGUUUUGGCACUUGCCAUAUUAGUUAAGCGCUUUAAUCUUUGCAUAACUGUAUAAAGAAUCUCAAUCUCGUGUAGGCAGUGUAAAUACUUGUAAACCAACACAGUAUGUGAUAUGCGAUUGUUAUUCAGCUAGAAUUUGUAUCUUUACAAGUACAGAUAAAUAAGUGCCUAUGUUUAUAUUCUGUAACUAUAAUACCCUGUAUGUGAAUCUAGGAAAUCUAUGCAAUAGUGGCCUUUGUACAGAUAAAGAGGCAACUUCUUUUAGUUAUACUUUGAAAUAAAAUCAAUCACUUAACAAACAA